AUGAUCAGGCAAAACACCGGCAUACAUAUUGCCAAUGUUACAUGGAAAACUUGGAUUAGAGCUUUAAUAAUAUCACCGAAAAGAGAAUUGCCUCAACAAACUGGCAAGUUGAAUAUAACUGAUAUACCUGAUACAUUCACACAGGAGAAGAAUUAUGUUCAAUCUUAUUGGUUUAUCACUUGUGAUAGAGUAACUGAAGGUUGCAAUUGUGAAUUAUAUGAAGGUGUUGCAGUGUGCGAAGAGAUACAAAUAUUUUAUAAUCAUUUGUGA